UAAAAUUUUGAAGGAGUUUAAAGUUUAUCAAUAAAAAAUUCAAAUGUAAUAUUCUCCAACUCAGUUUUCAUCUUUAUCAUAUGUUUCUCAAUUUUCUUUCCCAAUAGAUACUAAAAAUUUUAUUCCAUCAAAAUUCUAAAUAUUUGAAAGUUUUCACAUAUUUCUUUCUUAAAAACGUAAAAAUGAGCGUCAAUUUAAAAAUAGCAUGGUUAGAUCGGGUCGGUUCGUAAGAAAACAAAAUCUACGUGUUUAAUGCAGGUUAUAAUUUCUCUUGUGCAUGAACUCAUCUAGAAGGAGAAGAAAAUCCGUGGAAGCGAAAUAAAUGGACUGAAUGAUCUGCUACAAGCCUAACCUAAAAAAUUACCUUUGCAAACGAAUACAAACACGUCACGUUCAAUCUCAUUCGUACUCGUCAACCAAAUCAGCUGUUUUGUGUUACAGCCAAGUCAGCACCAGAACAGAGAAACGGUCUCUCUUUUGGGCGUGGUAGAAAGCCACACGGGUCAAAUCCUACCCUACACUCACAAGUUACUCCCUUAUGCGCCCAUUCAAAUCCUUCGUUCAUCCGAAAACUAACGGCCAAACUAUCAAUACCGCAUACAAAUUCUUGCGACGUUACCUUUGCAAAGCAUAAUUCAUCCACUAAUUCACGACACGUGUCCGACGAAAUCCCCCACCUCCGUAUUCUUUCAGGAACCUUCUCGAAUGGAAAAGCAUAUCGCAGCUUCUCGCGCCUUCCAUCUCUUUCCUGUUCUUUCUCUCUCUCUCCUCCCUUCUCCUUGCAGAAAUUUACCGUCCGAAUCUCGACUAGUUAAUGGCUGCUCCGCAGCCGACGGCGACGGGUACGCAAGAAGGUCAGAGAUCGAUCCCGACGCCAUUUUUGACGAAAACUUACCAGCUCGUCGACGAUCCAGAGUUGGACGACGUGAUCUCGUGGAACGAAAACGGAUCCACCUUCAUCGUGUGGAGACCGGUUGAAUUCGCCCGGGAUCUCCUCCCCAAAUAUUUCAAGCACAACAACUUCUCUAGUUUCGUCCGACAGCUUAAUACCUACGGGUUUCGAAAGAUCGUACCGGAUCGAUGGGAGUUCGCGAACGAUUCGUUCAAGAGAGGCGAGAAACGGCUCCUCAGCGAAAUCCACCGCCGAAAGAUCUUCCAGCAGGCGGCGGUUCCAGCCCAGCCGACGGCGAUUCCAGCGCAACCCGUGGCGAUGGUGGUUCCGGCGAACCAGACAGAAUCGCCGGUGAGCUCGGGCGAUGAGCAAGUGAUAUCAUCGUACUCCUCGCAGGGAGUGCUCGAGGCUUGCAGCAGCGAGGCGGAGCUGAGGGAGGAGAACGAGCGGCUGCGGCGGGAGAACGCGCGGCUAUUGAAAGAGCUCGGCCAGAUGAAAGGCCUCUGCAACAAGAUCCUCCAAGUCAUGUCCAAAUAUGAUGCCGGUUAUCAGAUCAACGGCGGCGAAGCUGCCGGGUGCGGCGCAGGAAGAUUGGAAGCGGAUGGUUCGCCGGAACUAGAGAUGCUUCUGGCUAGAGGACCGGUGAAACUUGAAGCGGGGGUGUUCCCGAGGCUUUUCGGCGUGGCGAUCGGAUCGAAGCGGGGGCGAGCUGAGCAGGUCGAAGAGGAGUCGCAGAGGUCGGUGGUGGAUGUGAAGACGAAGCCGUCGGAUUUGGCAGCGGAUCGGACGGUGCAGGUGAUCGGUCAAGAAACUUGGCGGUUGGACUGUUCCAGGCCGAAUCAUGUAGCGUUUAAAGAGUAGGGCUGGCACUUG